AUGAAUGAAGACACAAAUAAUAUAGAGGCAGAGAAACCACUAUAUGGAGACUGGAUGAUAGCAAAACGGAGAGGGAGACGCCCAACCUUGAGGCCAAAUAAUAAUGGGAAGCAGGCUCUGAGUCGGGAGAAGCUGUCAAACAGAUUUGGUGCUCUAACGGAAGAAGUUGCUGAGAAAGGGGAAGAAGAAAUGCCAAGGGAUCAAUCAGGCAAGGCUGUCCCAGGGGGCAAAGGAAAUAAUGACUUGUUGAGAAAGACUAAGCAAGGGCAUGAAACCGCAAAGGACACCAUAGCAGAAGGUACACAGAAGCAAACUAAAAGCAUGGGGAACCAAAAAGAAGCACGACAGGGUACUCAGAAUCAAGGGCUGGACACGGGUACGAAAGGAGGAAAUGGAGUGAAGGAAGGAGGGGGAAUAGAGACCAGUUUGGGAGGAGGAGGAAGUGGAGUUUUCAUCUCUCGAAACAAAAGUGUGAACCAAAAGCUGAAUGGUGCGGGGAACCUAUUCCCUUCAGGUAAUAAAUGA